AUGGACCAUGACGGUCGUUUACUACGCGCGGCUUACAGGGGAGACGAUGGAAGUGUGGAGAACUUAACCACGCCUGUUUACGCAUUCUCAGAUGACUAUGCUUUCCUCAUACAAGGAUUGCUCGACUUAUAUCAAGUGCAUCCAGAAAUGGAAUUAUUGAAAUUGGCACGGCGGUUGCAGGAUGAAAUGGAUGCGAAGUUUUGGGACAGAGAAGCGGAGUCUGGUUAUUUCAUUGGAAGUGAACAAGGAGAUGUUAAAGUGCGCAUCAUGGAAGAUCAGGACGGUGCGGAGCCUUGUGCCAACUCAGUAGCCGUUGGAAAUCUGGUUCGAUUAUAUGAAUAUUUUGAAGCGGACGAGUACAAGCGGAAGGCAGAGAAGAUCGUGGCUGCUUGCUCAUCCCGCCUUUUGAAAUAUCCAUACAUUCUUACAAAAAUGAUCUCCGGAUAUCAUCGCAUGGUGAAGGGUUCAGUCAAGAUCGUUCUGGUCGGUGAAGCUGCGGAUAACAAAGUGAGAGCUUUGCGCAAAGAAAUCGAAUCACACCAUAUUUGGAAUAGCCUGUUCUUAUUUCUCGACACUAGUGCAGGUAAGCCAUUACAUUGAAA